AUGAAUGAACUGGACAUGGCAGUGUAUGAGAUGGAUUCACCCAAGGAUAAAGUAAAUGAUCAGCUAUCAUCACUCGAGCUGAAUAAACAACCAGAUGAUAACUGCUUAAUAUCCAGACGUGUAUUUUUUUCGAAGAGUGAAUUUCGGCGACCCUAUUCACUAAAACAUGUUUAUCCACAAACAAAUGACACUGAUGAAUCGAAUCAAACCCCUGCAACUUCAAUUAUUACAUCGAUAAACUAUGGAAAACGACUUCACGAAAUGGAUGAAAAUGCAAGUGAGACAGAAGAUGAUAGUGUUCAAAUUCUAGACAAAAUACCAAGUCUAAGUGCGCAACGUCUUCACGUUCCAAGCACAAAAGUUAAAAAAGUAUUUGCUAGACCACCGAAAAUAGCGAAAACCACCGUUACUCGACCACCUAACUCACUGGUAUCACCGUCUGCCAUACAAUCGAGUAUUCCCACAAUGAAUAUUACCGAAAUUAGACAAAUGAUGGACUCAGAUAUACCACCUGUAGAGAGCACCAUUGAACACAGAAUGAGAAUCGAUAUUUUAAGUUUUAUUCUGGAAGAUCCAACAUUGAAAGAUUCUUCGAUUCUAAAUCAACUAGUUUUAUUUAUUCAACAACAAUUAGAAUCUGAAUCGAAACAAUUUUAUUGUUCAUACGCAAGUACCAUGAAAAUCGUACGAAGAUCCCUUAAUAAUCUUAUUAGUAAACGGAAUAGCAAAGCAAAAGCAAAACGACGAAAGUUAGAUGAAUGUUGGACAACAUCAAUUAUCCUUGUGAAAUUAAGAGUUGAAUUACGAGAAAGUUCAAUAACCAAUGAUAAUAAACCAGUUAAUACUGAUCAAGUCUAUAAAUUUGAAUUUAAAAGCACAAAUCAAUCAAUUGUACCACCAACCGAUAGUUUAUUAGUUAUUCAAGAAUCGGAUGAUGAUAAUGAUGAAAAAACUGCAGUAGUAUCUGUUGAUAAUUAUUCGAAUACAGAUGCUCGUAUAACCAUUCCAAUGCAUAAAAUAACAGAGACAUUUGAAAAUAAUGAAGUUAAUGAAACAAAAUUACAAAAAUUAUUGAAUCAAAUCGUUGCACACAUUCGGGAAGAAAAACUUGAUUGUCAAUUAAAAAAACUGGAGCGUAUUUUAAAUAAUCGAGUAACAGUUCUAUGUGCAUCAUUUCGAAAUUCAAUUAUGUCACAAGCUAGAAAACAACAAGAAUUACCAAAAUUCAUAACAAUAUUUGUACCAUUCACAAAGCCAGCAAUAACAACAACAGAGAAAGAGGUACCAGUUGCUGAACUAAGAAAAACGUUUAAUAAGACCAUUGAUCAAGUAGAAAAGGAUGAUAUCGAUGAAGAUCCAUUGGCGGAUAAAGAAGAAGAGAUGUGCCCACGACGAAAAACAUUGCGUGAUCGCCGUUUAACACAACCGAAACGUUAUUAUGACAUGUUUUAUCAUGAUGAAAACGAUGAAGAUGAUUUUGAUUUAGAAGAAGAAUUGAAAAAUGAAUCAAAAAAAGCAUUACUACGUAAUUCAUAUAAUCAAAAAUUCCUCUUAUGGAAAAUGAAAUAUUCAAUAUCCGAUGUUGCAUUUCGAAAAUUAAAUUCAUUAGAAAAAGCAACUGGACGAUCAUGUCCGUCUUUUAAAAAUUUAUUACAUUUGAAACGAUUAUAUCACAGUAGUAUACCAAUAACAUCAACACAAUAUGGUGCUUAUGUUAAUGUUCAUCAUGCCAUUCGAAUAUUGAUUGGUGCUAAUCCUCAAAUAUUGUCCAACGAAUCUAUUCGAGAAAAACGUAUCCUUCAUUUUCGUUUAUGUCAAGAUGGCACAUGGAUUGGAAAAUAUCUCAAUUGUUUAGCGUCGAGUUUAAGUUGGGUUGAUGCGGGUUAUGAAGGGCAAAAAGCAAUGGCAUUAAUGCCCAUUGGAUUCUUUCGUAUACAAAGUGAAAAUCGUUCAAAUUUAAAAAAACGUUUAACAAAACAAUUUAUUGAUAUGUUUAAAAAAGAUCAAAUUAUUACGUACGAUGGAACUGAAUAUAAUCUUAAAUUUACAUACAGUGCCGAUUACAAAAUGGUUGCAUUAAUUAUGGGUUUGAGUGGUGCGAAAAAUGAACAUUUUUGUAACUGGUGUAAAAUUACAAAGAAAGAUAAAGAUAAUUUUACCAAUUAUUCCGCAUUCGAUACGAGUCGUAAUGCUCGAACAGUUGAUGAACAUUUGAGUGAAAGACAGAGUGCAAAUCCACGAUAUGGCUAUACAAAUGAACCAAUCUAUGGAAAAUAUUUUGAUUAUUGUGAUAUGAUUGUCGAUAUGCUUCAUAUGAAAUUACGUAUCUGUGAUACACUAUUGAAACAUACAAUCAUAGCUUGUUGUGAAGUCGAAUCUCCGAAAACGAAAGAAAAAGAAAUUGAACAACGAAAGAAUGCACUAACAUUUUUUACACAACACGCAAAAAAUUCUAAAACGUACAUUCGUUUUGCUAUUGAAAAAUCAAAAAUAAUUGCUACGACUCUAAUAUCAGGUGAUAAACAUGAAAAUUUUACCGGUACAUUACCGUUGGAAGCGAUUAUGCAUAAUAAAGAAAAAGCUGGAAAAAUUCAAAAAUUAAUUCAAGAUUUUUUUUAUUUACAAACAAUAAUGAAGAAAGAACAAAGUGAUCAACAUUAUAAAUGUUGGGUAAAAUUUAAAUGUUUAGAAUGGGGUGAUCAAUAUAAACAAUUAUUUUCACGUGAUCAAGUAACACCUUAUGUCCAUAUUGUUGCGUGUCAUUCACACGAAUUUUUUCAUGUUUAUAAUGAUUUAAAUAAAUUUACAUUACAAGGUGUUGAAAAAAUGAAUGAUGUUUUAACACAUGAUUAUUUUCGUUCAACAAAUAAGAGAAAUGAUUGUUUUAAACAAAUAAUGCAAAAACGUAUUUGUCAAUUGAUGUUAGGUUUUCCGGCAAAUGUUAUUGAAAAAAUACUUAACGAUUUGAAUAAUAAAUCUUUGUUACCAAAACUUCAAGAAGAAAAUGAUGUUGAGGAAGUAGAUGAGGAGAAUGAAAUGUCAGAUAAUGAUGAUUGA